UGUGAGCUUUGUGACGUGUGAAUGGGGGGUGGGGUCUGUGACGUGUCGGGGUAGUGAUGGCUGCCGGACCCGGGAGCGCGCGGAGCCUGAUCCAGUUCAUCAGGACUCUGGGGGAACUGAAGCGAGUACCUCGAACAGGUUGGGUAUAUAGAAAUGUGGGGAAACCAGAGAGUGUGUCGGAUCACAUGUACAGAAUGGCUGUCAUAGCUUUCCUGGUAAAAGAUGAGAAAAUAAACAAAGACAGAUGUGUAAGAUUAGCCCUGGUUCAUGACAUGGCAGAAUGUAUUGUUGGUGACAUAGCGCCAGCGGACAAUAUCAGUAAAGAGGAAAAACACAGAAGAGAAAAAGAGGCAAUGGAACAUCUGACUGGACUCUUGAAUGAAGAUGUGGGAAAAGAAAUAUUUGACCUUUGGGAGGAAUAUGAGAAUCAGUCAAGUUUUGAAGCCAAGUACGUGAAAGAAUUGGAUCGCUUUGAGAUGAUUAUGCAAGCCUUUGAAUAUGAAGAGCUGGAACCAAAGCCUGGCCGAUUACAGGACUUCUUUGACUCAACAAAAGGAUCUAUUGGAUCUUGGGCCACUCUCUUCCAGGGUAAAUCUAUACAGAAGUGGGUCAACCUGAUUGACACAUAGAUUUGCUAACCAAAACCCAACAUUUUAAAACGUGGUGCCUCCUCUGAAUGGAGGGUGGAAGUCAAGAGGCAGAAGAAAGAAGACGGUUUGAUUUCAAAAGUAGAAGAGAGUAAACACUCCCCAGAGGGAGUGACACCACUUAAUCCUGCCAGUGGGCAGCUUUCAAAUUUAUAUUGCCACCAGAGACUACAUUCAAGGUCAAAGGCAUAAACCAAAGCCACCACACUGGGUUGUGUGCACCUUCUCCAGCAGCACAAGCAAUACUUGGUUUCAUUUGUUAGUUUAUCACCAGCUUCAAACUGCUAUCAUUCAGCAGCAAGUCAAAGUGAAUAUAUCUGGUAGUAGUUAAUUAAAGAUGCAGUGAAAACAUACCUUAAGAUCACCCAGUAAAAGUGGUCAGUGUUUGCAGUUUU